AUGGACGUGUCGUGCUCGGCUUCGGCGACUUCGGCGGAUUCGGCUUCAGCUGGGAUGGCGAGUCCGGCAGUCGAGAUGUCUCAGCUCUUCCAAGCGACUCCAGACUCGACACCCUGGUCACUGGCUCCACGUUCUUUCAGACGAAGAGGGCCGGCAUGGCAAUUGCCAGCUGAAGCAUGGCAGCUGGUGGCUGAGCUUCUGCUUGACCAAGAGCUUUCCAGGAGCUCCAGCUGCUGCAAGGCAUUGAAGGAAGCCAUGGACUCCCACGAGCAGUGGCUUCAACGUGCCAUUCAACAGUUUCGCUCCCUACCCAUCUCUGAGAUGGAGAGUCGGACGAUGCAAGAGGAGGUUCUCCGGAAUGGCCGGAAGAGUUAUAUCUCCCGGCGGACCCUUUUCAAAGGUAAGAGGGUUGCGCUGCUGGCAGGGCGCUCUGAACUGCCUGAGAUUUAUCGCUUGGCUCGCUGGUGUGGUGCUGCCAUCCAGCUUCAUGUGACAAGUGCCGAUUUGGUGCUUAUCGGGCCGCGCGGUGGUAGUUGUCCUGGUUUUGUGGCUUCCCGGACUCAACAGAAAUCCUUCCGGGUGGCCUGGCUACGUGCCUCCUGCGUGGCUGGGCGUUUGCUCCCACGCCACCGGCCGUUGUGCGCCUCGAACGGAGCACCGUUCAGCUCCUUCCGCUCGUGCAUCUCAGGCCACAAGGACGACAGCCCCGCAGAGUUUGGAUGCUACGCCCCACGACUCUUGGAAGGUCUUUUGCUGAGCACCUCGCGCCUUCCCUCCCGCGAGGCGGUGACGCUGACUGCGCAGUUGUUGGGGGCAGAGUGCACAGAGGAGCUGACGCGGAGCCACACGCAUCUGAUUGCUGGAACCGCUCAAGGAGAGAAGUACGACUACGCGAUCCAACACCACAUCCCUGUGGUCUCCGUGGGCUGGAUCGAUCAGACUUUGCGCUUGGGAUUACCCAUGAAGGAACGCUGUUUCCCCGUGAGCCGGGCUGGAGACUGA